CAUAAAUCAUUAAAAAUAGUUUCACUCUACACACUUGCGACGCGAGGCGAUCUCAAACAAUUUAUUUUAUACAUUUGUUUUAUUAAAGGCGUUUAAUAUAAUCUCCGCUCUCCUUGAUAAUAAGCGCAUUUUACUUUUUACUUAACUGACGUACGAUUCUGAUUCACGCUGGGACUUUUUCCUUUUUGUGUUUUAUUUUUCCAAAUGCGGGUCGCAUUUAAUGAGUGAUAAUACAUUUUUAUUUUUUUCAUCCAUACAAUAACAAUACCAACCUACCCCUAUAGUCCGAUCUCCUCCUCCUGCUCCUCAAAGUUCCAUUUAACAGAUUAACUUAAAUUUAAUAAAAAUAAAACAAAAAAGAUAAGACAUCGCCGCAGCCGCCGCCGUCGUCGCCUCGUUGUCGUUGUCUCAGCUUUUAGCGAGCAAAGUUUAAAUUUCCAACGCUUAGCUUACAACAAAUAACAAAGAGUGAGCUAGAAAUAAAAUUAAACAAAAAAAUAUGCCGCGAAGUAACGAUCGCGUACCCAUUGUGGAGAACGAUGAACUAUCAGAAGGAGUUCAAGCAGUUAGCCCUUCAGUGGCUGUUGCGGCACAGCGAGACAAUGAAUUGGAUCCUGCACCCUCAGGAUGUGGAGCAUCGAUGUGCUGUAAUCCAUCUAGCGGAUUACACCGGUUUAUUGCGCUGAUAUUUAUGUGCCUCUUAGGCUUCGGAUCAUACUUUUGUUACGACAGCCCGGGUGCCCUACAAGAUGUCUUCAAGCAAGAGCUCAACCUUACAUCCACAGAAUUCAACUUUUUGUAUUCCAUCUAUUCAUGGCCAAAUGUGGUUCUAUGUUUCAUUGGAGGAUACCUAAUCGAUCGUGUGUUUGGAAUUCGUUUGGGAACAAUAAUCUACUUAUUCAUCCUCGUAAUUGGUCAACUGGUAUUCUCAUUUGGUGGUCUUUUGGACACCUAUUGGUUGAUGGUUCUGGGACGAUUUGUUUUCGGCAUUGGAGCUGAAUCUCUAGCAGUCGCACAAAACAACUAUGCGGUCUUGUGGUUCAAAGGAAAGGAACUUAAUAUGGUGUUUGGUCUGCAAUUGUCUUUUGCUCGUAUUGGCAGUGCUGUUAAUUUCCUGGUCAUGGAGCCUUUGUACAAACAUGUAACUGAUUUCUAUCAUGGACCAACAGCUGUUGGUGUUGUAUUGCUUUUGGCCGGAAUUACUUGCGUUAUAUCCUUCAUAUGUGCACUUAUCUUAGGUGGCAUGGAUAAACGAGCCGAAAGGAUUUUGGGUAGAAAUAACAAUCCCACAGGAGAAGUGGUCAAACUUUCCGAUGUUUUCACAUUUAAGACAUCCUUCUGGUUGGUGUCUGUUAUUUGUGUUGCAUAUUAUGUCGCUAUAUUCCCCUUCAUUGCAAUGGGAAAAGUGUUCUUCAAAGAUAAAUAUGGAUUUACUCCUGCGCAAGCAAACACCGUCGAUUCGAUGGUUUAUUUGGUAGCAGCUGUAGCCAGUCCAGUAUUUGGUUUUAUUAUCGACUUAACUGGUCGUAAUGUCUCCUGGGUGUUCCUGUCGACUGUUUUUGCCAUAUUUUCGCACUCGCUUAUGGCAUUUACCAAUAUGUCUCCAUACUAUCCAAUGUUAAUACUAGGUUUUUCCUAUUCCCUGUUAGCAGCAAGCUUAUGGCCACUUAUCGCUCUCAUCAUUCCUGAAUAUCAACUUGGUACAGCCUAUGGAUUCUGUCAAUCUGUUCAGAACCUCGGCUUGGCUGUUGUCUUGAUUGUGUCGGGCAUUAUUGUCGACAUGAGUGGUGGGAAGUAUAUUUGGGUUCAACUAUUUUUCAUUGGAUGGCUAACAAUUUCUCUGAUAGCCACUUGUGCUGUUUGGGGAUAUGAUAGAAAAAUUAAGGGCAACCUAAAUAUGUCACCGAGAGAAAGAAUCAAUUACAAUAGGUUAAAUUAAGUUUUUCACCAACCGUAAGUGCUUGCCUCUUGAUAGAAUUUAUUUUUUUAGUAAAAUUGGUCAUGAAGGGAAUCGUGCGCGAAACGCAGACGAUGUCUAUAGUAGUGACCAGGAACCGCUCCUGGAUAAUUAAAUUGAUUCGAUAGUAUAUGUUAUGUAUGUUCUAAUUAAUUAUUUUCCUAACCACCACCGUUUUGCCAGAUAUAAACAAAAAUUAACAUAACUAUAAAAAGAAAUAUAUAUUUAACAAAUGAAAAAUGUUUAAACAAAAAAAAAAAAGAAAAAAUAGUGAAAAUUUUAAAAAUUGAUAUAGUGAGCCUAACUCAAAAAUAUAUAUAUUUAUCGUCCGUUGAAAAAAAGAAACAAAAAUUAAAUCUAAAUCAUAUCAAACUUAAAAAGUUAAGUUUUAAAUAUUUUGGAUAUUUUUAUAAAUUUCAUAGCUUUUAAUUCUGAUAUUGUUGACUUAAGUUUUAGAAUCGUGUUAGGCAAAAUAAUUUGUAUUUUUAUUUUAUCUAUAUGAUCUUUUUAUUUGUUUAGUUUAAGUUUAUUUUUUAUUUUUAUUCAACCGCCCCUUUCCCCCAUUUUACUCGAUUUAACAAAGAUUUUUUUUAUAUAAAUUUAUACAUGUAUACAUACAAGUUAAUAUUAUAUUCUCUAUGAUUUUUACAAAAUGAUAUAAAUUAAAUAACCAAAUGUACAAUUAACUAUUUUUUUCCAUAUUAAGACAAAAAAAACAAAAAAUAAUACAAUUUUAAGUAAAACAAAAAAAUGUUAUAAUCUAUUUCCAAAAGGAUACAAUAUUUACUCAGUAGUUUGGUAUAAGGCUCAACAACUUUUGAAAAUCAAAUAAAAAAUAUAAUUGUGAUGCAGAAAAUAAUUA